AUGAAAGACCUUUAUGGAUCCGGGAAUAAGUUUAUGAAAGGCCCUGUAUACGAAGCUUUUGGCCGGCAGAGCUCUUUUACUAUCCUGGAUAAGACAGAGCAUCGGUCAAGGCAGAAGCGCAUUGCACAUGUCUUUGCACCGGCAUCAAUUGCAGCUGUAGAGCCACUUGUAAAAGAACAAGUUCAAAAGCUACUACAGGUUUUGUCAAAGAGAACUAAUCAGCCACUUGAUGUGAUGGAAUGGUUUCGAAUAUUUGCCCUCGAUAUUGUUGGAUCUGUCUUCUUUGGACAGAGCUUUGGUGGACUUGAUAAUGAAGCGCCACCCAAGAUUUUGUAUGAUCUAGAUGAGGUGUUUCCCUCUCUUUUGAUCGAGUGGCAAUUUGCCGCCAUUCGUCCACUCCUCCUCGCUAUUCCACACAAGCCUAUGCAGCAUUUUUUGAGAAUCGCCUCAGAAUUCUAUGAUAAAUAUGGAACUGAAAAGUUCAACGAGUACAUUGCGCGACAUGGCCGUUCUGGGGAUCGCAUCGACCUCCUCACCAAGCUUAUUGCCGGCAGCAAGGACUACGGCCCACUAGACGAUAACGAGAUUGUCAAUGAGAUGACAAAUCUAAUUUUUGCUGGAACUGAUACUACUAGCAACACUUUUACAUACAUGUUCUACGAAUUGGCGAAACAUCCGCAGUGGCAAAAGCAGCUGCAGGCUGAACUAGACGAAGCAGUACUUGAAGAGGUUCCAGAGUAUAAGCAUGUUAUGAAGUUGCGUGUGUUGGACGCCGUAAUCCAUGAGACAUUGAGAUUUCAUCCUGCGGCGCCGGCAAGUCUACAGCGACUUGCACCUAGUGAAGGAGGUGCAGUGGUGGAUGGAAUCGCUAUCCCCCAGAAUGCUUAUACAACUCAGAGAGACCCAACAGUAUAUCCCAACCCAGAAAAGUUUGAUCCUGGCAGAUGGCUUUCUGCGUCUGAAGAUCACCUCAAUGUGAUGCACGAACACAUUCUUGUUUGGGGCAAAGGACAGAGAGCAUGUUUGGGGAAGCCCAUGGCAUAUAUGGAACUGAAGGUAGGAACGGCUGCACUGAUAGGGAAGUUCAGUGUUGAAAUAGGUAGCGCAAGGAUCGAUGAUGAUAUGGAAAUGACUGAUCAUUUUGCUUUGGUGCCAAAAGGGAAGAGGUGUAUUUUACGUCUAAAGGAAAGGCGCUAA